AUGGCACCUUUUUACAAAAUUAUGGUAGAGGAACUUCAAGCUCCUUUCGAUCAAGCAUUAUAUGACGCUAUGGUUACAAAGAACGAGGAAGAGUUGAAAAAGUUUGAUGAAAAGGCAACCGAUGCCGAACAAAAUCAAGGUGAAACUGAAGUUAACGAAGCCUUCUUAUCAAAGGCUGAUUACUAUGCCGAAAUUGGUGACAAAGAAAAUGCUCUUAUUGCUUACGAGAAUUUGUUGAAGAGAUCAAUCACUUUAGGUACUCGUAUCGAUAUUGUCUUCACCUUUGUUCGCAUUGGUUUCUUUUUUGGUGAUAACAGCUUAGUUCGCCCCAACAUUGAAAAGCUUAGAGAAUUAAUUGAUCAAGGUGGUGAUUGGGAUCGUCGUAAUAGAUUGAAGGUAUACGAAGGUGUUUAUCUCAUGUCUAUUCGUGACUUCAAGGGUGCUGCUGCUUUAUUCUUGGACACAUUGAGUACUUUCACCAGUACCGAAAUUAUGUCUUACCAAGAUUUUGUCAAAUAUGCAGUUUUGACCAGUUUGAUCAGUAUGAAGCGUGUAGAUAUUAAAAAGAGAGUUUUGGAUUCCCCCGAGAUUUUAGAGGUUAUUUCUGAUAUCCCUCACCUUGAAGAUUUUAUGACAAGUUUGUACAACUGCAAAUAUGCCCAAUUUUUCCGCUCAUUGGCUGCUAUUGAACAAGCUCAUUUACGUACAUCGCGUUACCUUUUACCUCACAUGCGUUUCUAUACCCGCGAAAUGCGUAUUUCUGCUUAUGCUCAACUGCUAGAAAGUUACAGAUCCUUGACUGUCACAAGUAUGGCACAAGCAUUCGGUAUGAGUGAAGAAUACAUUGACCAGGAUCUCUAUAAAUUUAUUGCUGCUGGACGUCUCAACUGUGUUAUUGAUAAAGUAAACGGUAUCAUUGAAACUAACAGACCCGAUGCAAAGAAUGCUCAAUACCAAUCUGUAAUCAAGCAAGGUGAUCUUUUGUUGAAUAGAGUUCAAAAGUUGAGCAGAGUUAUUGAUGUUUAA